AAUCACACCGCCGUUUACUUCGCCGUGCAAGUAAUGUGGGUGGUGUGCUAGAAGUGAGUGAAUCGUGCCAAAGGAUCGCACAGGAAAACGGGUGUACCCGUGAAACGGACCGUGUGAAUUGAGUUGUGAGGUUGCCGUAGUGUUCGCUUUCGCGUUCACUUGACGGGAAGGGAGAAAGAUGGCCGAUGGCGUUGAAAUCGAUCUGUAUGCCGACGACCUGGAUCAGGAUUACUCACAAAACAACGAUGAUUACGGUGGCGAAAGUGGUGACCUGUACGAUGAUGUGAUUGCGCCAUCCGGCGACCGCAGCAGUGCCGGUGGCAAUAGGCCAUCGAUCGAGCGGGUCGAGGGCGUUGAUACGAACGGCUCGUAUCACCACCAUCCCGGGGCCUGGUCGCUCAGCCACAUCCCGCGCCGCCACCAACUGUACGUCGGCAAUUUGCCCUGGUGGACCACCGAUCAGGAUAUCGCCGAUUCGGUGGCAGACGUCGGGGUGAACGAUUUUCAUGAGGUGAAGUUUUUCGAAAAUCGCGCCAAUGGCCAGUCAAAGGGUUUCUGCGUGAUUUCGCUCGGGUCCGAGAUCAGCAUGCGGCUAGUGAUGGAACGGCUGCCGAAGAAGGAGCUGCACGGUCAAAAUCCGGUGGUGACUCUGCCAACCAAGCAGGCAUUGAAUCAGUUCGAAAGUCAGCAAAAAACGCGACCUACGCCGCCCGCUCCGGGGCAGUCGAAUGGACCCCGGCCACCAGGCCCGGGAAUGCCAAUGGGUGGGGGAGGCGGAGGGGCUCCACCAUCAGGGCCCGGUGGUCCGAUGGGUGGUCCAGGAGGACCACCGGGUGGUGGGCCGGGCGGCCCCGGUGGGCAUGGAGGCCCGCAGCCACGCAUGAUGAAUCCCAACAUGCCGCCCGGAAUGCGUCCACCACACCCACAUAUGGGCGGACCAAUGCACAUGCAGGGUCACCACGGUCCAGGAGGUCCACCAAGACCACAGGGACCGCCGAUGCAUCAAGGAAAUGGACCACCACAGCAACCGCCUAGGUUCCAGAAUCAAAACCAGUGGAACGGACCUCCCCGCAUGAACGGCCCAAGACCGGGCGGUCCUGGAGGUCCGGGUCCCAUGCAGCACAGACCACAGAUGUUCCAAGGACCUCCGAAUGGGAUACCACGUGGACUGCGCCCCGAAUGGAAUCGGGCACCCAUGCACGGUGGCUACCCGCCCGGUGGCCAUCCUGGAGGUCCUGGACAGGGCGGACCACAUAUGCAGGGUGGUCCGCACGGACCGCGUGGUCCCCACCCCGGUUCGAUGGGUGGGCCUCCCGGUCCACAGGGACCGGCUCCGCACGUAAAUCCGGCAUUCUUCAACCAGGGCGGAGGUCCGCCUAACCAUCCUAACGGUGGUCCCGGACCGGUAGGGCCACCGCAUGGUGGUCCGCAAGGGCCACAAGGACCGCAAAGCGGGGGACCGCCGGCCCACUUUAACCCACAAGGCAGUGGGGGACCGCCGCGCGGUAAUCCGUGGCCCGUGCAAGGAGGCAAACCACCCGGGCCGCCUGGACCUGGCUUUCCCGAGCAUCCCAUCACACCGCAGCUGAGUGAGGCUGAGUUUGAAGAGAUUAUGACCCGCAAUCGGACCGUCAGCAGUUCCGCGAUCGCUAGAGCCGUCUCCGACGCGGCCGCCGGCGAGUAUUCCAGUGCGACGGAGACACUCGCCACCGCAAUCUCGCUGAUCAAACAGUCCAAGGUGGCGCACGAUGAGCGGUGCAAAAUAUUGAUCGUUUCGCUGCAGGACACUCUGCACGGUAUCGAAGCGAAGAGCUUCACGCGCCGGGAGCGUUCGCGGUCGCGCGAACGUUCGCACCGUCGCCAACGACGCGAACGCUCCACAUCCCGUUACCGUGAGCGUUCACGCGAUCGUGAGCGUGAACGCGACCGCGACCGCGACCGUGACCGCGAACGAGAAGGCUCGCGCCGAUCUCGCCCCAGAAAAACGCCUGAACCGGCUACCGAUAGUGCGACGGACAGCUCCUCCAAGCGCUAUUACAAUGACGAUCGGUACCGAUCGUCGGACCGUGAACGGGAGCGCGAUCGUGACCGUGAGCGACGCGAGGAACACCGUUCCAGACAUUGAGAGGUGUUUCUUCCUUCCAAUUUCCGUUCAACUCUCCUAACCUUCUCAACCUUCGUCCCUACAUCGUUCGUGAGGUCCUACGACAAACAGCUUUCGCGUUCCGCUUUCUCACGGCGCCCGGAUCAUGGGCCAGAAGAGAGUAUUUUAUUUGGAGAAGAGAGUAUUUUAUUACUUUACAUAUUCUUCUCUUUUCGAUGCUUUCCUAUCAUUUAAAGAUGAAACGAUUUUAUUUCAUCAUCGAACCGAAGGCGAAAUGGAGUUUCGUUCGCUACGUCGUGUUUGUGUGUUUCUGGACUGUUGGUGGAUUUAUUUACAGUACCCCGGUUUACUUUACACCGCAUACAUAGUUUCUACAUGCAUUACCAAAAUUAACCAUCCGGACUGGUGUCCCCCUUGUUUGGUACCACAACACGAUGGAAGGAACCGAUAGGGGUGUCCCACCGUAAUCGAAUGUGUAUGAUUGUUUGCACCUAACUUUGGAUUCGUUUGUCUUUAGCUUUAAGACGGAACGAAGAGCCGUUAGAGUAUAGAAGCGGCAAGCUGUAGUACGUAUUCCACCCAUUGAAUAUACACGCUUGCCAUUUGGAGCUACUCGCAAACACGGCCAACACGCAAGUAAUAAGCGCAAGUAGAGAACGUGUGUUGGUGUUACAAAAAGGUUAUAAAAUGAGUAUGAGCCCCGGGACAGCAAAAUAUAAAGUUUAAAUUGUAACAAAGUGAACUCUACCGUAGAAUUCACGACGGUAAACUUGAGUAUAUGUAUAGAAAAGUAGCAAACAUACAACCUAUAAGCGAGAGAGACCCCUGCAACAGACACAAAACCACACCUGUCCCCUUCGCAAUCCACCGGCCUUAUCGCCGUUAACCGCAAUCCCACUCCUGUGACACACAAGCGCAAAGUGACAUCGCAUUUCUUCGCUCCGAUCCGUUCCGUCGACACAGCCCCGUUUGGGGCUUCGUCUUAGCCGGGAAACGCAAAGUGACGAAACCUGGCAGCAGUACGAGGCAGCAGCACCAGAACAACACACCUUAGCAGUGACCACCAACCUGCCGUUGUUCUGCAUAUGUGAAUCCUGCCGUGCUCAGCCCACCUCAACGCGACCUCAUCCGCUCUGUGUCUGUGUUUUCGUGAAUAUGUGUGGUGGCGGUGGCUCCUGUCCGCGCGGUCACUUCGUUGUUCCUGUUCGCGGCAAGCAGGCAACCAGCAGGAGGACCUUCGGUGGCUGCCGCUUCUACUGAUGCUGCUGCUGUUGCUGUCCAGUCGGCGAGUUCGCGGCGGAAAAGAAGAAUGUAACAAAACACCCUCUUUUAAAAAUCAAUAAUUAUAAACGUAAUCAGUGAGAAAAAAAACGAAAAAACAAACAAAAAAAUGUUCAAAUCUUGUGUACCGUGUUGUGUAUUCUGUCUAUAUUUUGUUAGUAUCGUAUCGGAGCGAAAAUGAAUUGUACACCUUUAAGUA